CCCCGCCGCCCCGCCGCGCCGGAUGCAGACUAACAGGGAUGCCAAAGGAAAAAUAUGAUCCUCCAGAUCCUCGCAGAAUUUACACCAUCAUGUCAGCAGAAGAGGUAGCCAACGGGAAGAAGUCGCACUGGGCUGAAUUAGAGAUCUCGGGUAGAGUGCGGAGCUUAAGUACGUCACUUUGGUCGCUGACGCACUUGACGGCUCUGCACCUCAAUGACAAUAAUCUUACUCGCAUUCCACCUGAUAUUGCCAAGCUUCAUAAUCUGGUUUACCUGGAUCUGUCAUCCAACAAACUCAGAAGUUUACCAGCAGAACUAGGAAACAUGGUAUCUCUCAGGGAAUUGCUUUUAAAUAACAAUCUGUUACGGGUUUUGCCUUAUGAACUUGGACGGCUCUUCCAGCUACAAACCCUAGGUUUGAAAGGCAAUCCUUUAUCACAAGAUAUUCUCAGCCUCUACCAGGAUCCAGAUGGAACUCGAAAGCUACUGAACUACAUGCUUGACAAUCUAGCAGUUCAUCCAGAGCAGCUGCCUCCGAGACCAUGGAUUACUUUAAAAGAAAGAGACCAAAUUCUGCCCUCAGCUUCAUUCACAGUUAUGUGUUACAAUGUGUUGUGUGAUAAAUAUGCCACCCGGCAGCUCUAUGGCUACUGCCCAUCUUGGGCACUCAACUGGGAGUAUAGAAAAAAGGGAAUCAUGGAAGAAAUCGUCAACUGUGAUGCAGAUAUCAUUAGUCUUCAGGAAGUGGAAACAGAGCAAUACUUCACCCUUUUUCUGCCAGCCUUGAAAGAACGAGGAUACGAUGGAUUCUUCUCUCCAAAGUCACGUGCCAAAAUCAUGUCUGAGCAGGAGAAAAAGCAUGUGGAUGGCUGUGCAAUAUUCUUCAAAACUGAAAAAUUUACGCUGGUGCAGAAGCAUACAGUGGAGUUCAACCAGGUGGCAAUGGCUAACUCGGAAGGUUCAGAAGCUAUGUUAAACAGAGUGAUGACGAAGGACAACAUCGGAGUUGCUGUGGUGUUAGAGGUGCACAAAGAAUUAUUUGGAGCAAGUAUGAAAUCGCUUCAUGUGGACAAACAGCUGCUUAUUGUGGCCAAUGCCCACAUGCACUGGGACCCUGAAUACUCAGAUGUGAAACUCAUUCAGACUAUGAUGUUUGUCUCGGAACUGAAAAAUAUCCUCGAGAAAGCCUCAAGCAGGCCCGGUAGCCCAACAGCAGAUCCUAACUCUAUCCCUCUGGUGCUGUGUGCGGAUCUCAACUCAUUGCCUGAUUCAGGUGUAGUGGAAUACUUAAGCAAUGGCAUAGUAGCUGACAACCACAAGGACUUCAAGGAGUUGCGUUAUAACGAGUGUCUCAUGAACUUCAGCGGCAAUGGAAAAAACGGGGCUUCUGAAGGAAGAAUUACGCACGGCUUCCAACUCAAGAGCGCCUAUGAAAACAACUUGAUGCCUUACACCAAUUACACUUUUGAUUUCAAAGGUGUGAUUGACUACAUUUUCUAUUCCAACACUCACAUGAACGUGCUUGGUGUCCUGGGGCCUUUGGACCCUCAGUGGCUGGUUGACAACAACAUCACUGGGUGUCCACACCCUCACAUCCCUUCAGACCACUUCUCACUGUUAACACAACUCGAACUCCAUCCUCCGCUCCUGCCUCUUGUCAACGGUGUGCACUUGCCUAACAGGAGGUAGUGGAGCCCUGCCCCUUUGAGGGCAAGGACCUGUUGUUAUGGACCUGUACAGUUGUAAAUCAAAGUAUAUAGGAGUGAAGUAUGGCCAACCUUAAGCUGCUUCUUCAAGCUCCUUUCCUUAUGUGUUUGAUAUGAGAUUUUGCACAUUUUGGUGCAUAUUGGUAUCAUUUGGCACUAGGGCUGGAACCAAAGUAUUAUUCCCUUUCCAGGUUUUUUAUUUAAUUUCUUUUUUUUUUUUUUAAACUGGUAAGCUUUUUCUUUUCAGUAGGAAGCUGCACUUACAAAUGGAGAAAUGAGAUUAAAAACUUGCUUAUUAACAUAUUUCAAGAUAAUGCUUUUUUCCAGAACGUGGCAAAAUGAGCCAACCUUUUAGGAGAAAGAAAAACAAAAAUAGAAUUGCUUGUUUUGUAGGAGGAAUAUUAGAAAUACUGUUUGUGUGAACCAAAACGGAGGCUGAACUCUGCAUCCAAAAUAAAUUUUGCACAUUAGCGAAGCACUUCAUACCUGACUAUAAAUGAUUAGCAGCGUGGCCCUGCUCCUUAUCUAACUAAUAUUAGAAAACCAAAGAUGGCUUAAUAUCUGCGAUAAAAUUUGAGGUCUAAAUUCUCCUGAUGCAAUUUCAUUUACGACGAAAUUUCCAGCGAAGCUACGUCUCACAAGACUUUGCAGGUGAGCGUUUAAUGCUGUGUAUAGAUUGCUUGCUCGGCAGACGCCAUGGUGACUUUUUUCAGAGUUCUGAAGAACUCCGUCCUUUCUGGGCGAGAUACGCAGGGACCCAAAUGACCUCUGUGAAACAGAGCUGCCUCUCUGCUCUGGCAAGCCAGGGUGACACACUGUUCAGCAGCACAGUUUGGGAGUGGGACUUAGAAAUGGUAAGAGAUGUCACUUGAAGCGAGGCAUUGCAGGCGUUUGGGUUCCGGGUGAAUAAAGAAGUUGCAAAUCCCUCCUAGGUUCCCUUUUCCGAAGUUGGGUUGCAAAGAUGGGACACUUGGGAUUAAAUGCUUAAGCGUAGGGUACGGGAAAAAGCCGCUGGAAAUGAUCUUACUUCCGUCUCAGAAGGGCACGCAGAGUAGCUGUCGGCAUGCUUUUUUUCACUGGGGGAGCGAGCGGUAGCCGUAAUCAUUCCUUGGAUUAUUUUUCCUGACCCUAGUUGCCAAAUAACCAUCACACUUUUUUAAUAAUCUUUCUUUUCUGUUGUUGGUCAGGGUUGAGUUAAAAAGCUGCUGGUUCAUUCCCAACUGUUAACGCUCUUUGGAUGUGUUGGAAAUUUAUUUUUUUUUUCUUUUUAUGCUCUAGGUGGCCAGUUCAAAACCUUGUGCCUCAAGAGGCAUUAAACAUAAUGCAAUUUUCUGAAAAAUUGGUUGGCUGCUUAAUGUUUAAAAAAAAAAUGGCACAGUGAUAGGAAAAGGUUGUGUCUGUGUUUUUAAGUUUUUCUUUAUUCUGCUUUUUUGCUGCUAUAAGAUUUUCUUGAAUUUAUAUUUUAAACUUUUCAUGCACUUUACUGUUUCUAGUCUCAAAAUGUGAUAUUUUUAAUAAAUGAAAAAAUUUUCCAUUAUGUGAAUGAAAUUUUUAAACAGAUUGAUAGCCUAUAUUUAUGUCUCAUUCGUAUACUUAAAAAAGUCAAAUUUAAAUUGUGAAAUUAGUUUUAAAUACUAAGGAGCCAUCUUCCGUCUCGCAAAACUGCUAAGUUAGGCCGUUCCUCUACUCCUUAAGUAAACAUUUCCUUUGUCGUUUUAUACAUAGGAAAUUAUCCAUAGGGAAAAAAAUGAAUUGGACCUAGAGUAGAAGCUAUUCCCUGACUCUUGUUGGGGGCCGGGGAGGGGGUGGUGUGGGACAGAACGCAAAAAUGGGUUCAACAAAACGACAGCUCCCUUUUAAAAGAAGUGCCUAAAAAAACGGAGGCGUCAUCCAUUGUCUACUAUAAAUUGGAAGCGAUCGUAGCUGGGUGAAAUUCCUGUACAGCCAUUGCUUUGUGCAGCACCAAAAAAAAGCCCUUUCUAAAAAGCCCUAGGUUUUCCUCUAGGUGCAGGUAUCUCUUUUUUAAUAUACCUCAGCGUUCGACACCUAGCCAUUGCAGGUAAAUUGCGAAAGCGAUUUGAGAGUAUAGUACUGGAAAGUAGAAUAGCAUGAAAAACUUAAUUUUGUGGACAUUACCUUUCUGUAAUCAGCUACUGUAUCUUUUUUGGAGGCGGGGGUGCUCUGCUCUGGAGGUGUGCACUAACAAACCCUUCUCCUCCUUUUCCUACACGCAUGUUAACUAGCAACGUGAGCAAUAUUUCCUACCAUACUUCACUCCCAAUAUUUUUUGAGAUGUUUGUAUAAAAUGGGAUUUAAAAUUCACCUAUGAUUGUAUAUGAACUGCAGAGGAGCCCGUUUAUUAAUAAAAAUAAAAGCCAACAACAAUCUUUUGUAAUAUCGGGGUGGGAGAGGAUGGGGAUGGAAAAAACCCCAAACCCUGGCAAACAUUGUAAACUGCUUAAGUUUGACUUUCCUUUGGUUUCUAACGGAUUGAAGUGUUCUGUUGCGGGAAGGUGUUUAAUUGGAUUUUCUCUGCUGCGAAACGCACUUCCGAACGUCCAUUACGCUGUGUGAUUUUUUUUAAAAAAAAAAAGUUAUUUUAACAGAUGUUGCACAAAACCUCUGUAUUUUUUAAAAAAAUGAGUCUUGUUUAUGUUUCAGUCGAUGCACAUAACCGGGGAUGUGUUUACCUGCCGUUCACCUGUCUGGCUCCCUCCCCGUUUUCCUUCUGUUUUUUUCCCUUCCCAGCAGGAACAGUAAGGGCAGUAAGCGGCUUUUUUUCCAGCGCUUGCCGUAGCAAUAUUCUGCUCUAAGAAGAGAGGGAGCGGGGAGCAGGCAACCGUCAGCCUCAUGCGCAGGAUGAGAUCCCUCUCGGUAAACGUACGCAUCAUCCAGAUGGCGAAGCUGAUUUUCUUUUGGCUCGGAUGGAGGCUGACGGUAGGAUGUUUUCUGGGGAGAGGGAGUAAUACGAAGCAAAAUAUCCCUAACCCUGAGCAGAGAUGGAUGGGAAACCAUCAGUUCUCUCCAUCACUGACCCUCAGUUUUUAGCACGUGCCCUCGCAGUCGGCGCCUGGAAAAAAAGCGCCAAGUCCUUUACUGCUCCUCACUGUCUCGGUUUGCUUUCAAAAAUAUGGUGCCUGGUGUCAACUUCUAAGCAACAGCACUGCCUAAAGCAAGCAGAGAAAAAAAAAUCCAACAUCCUUCUACAAGCAACUUUUUAAAAUUCAAUAUGGUAAAUCUGUUAGAUAUGGGGUUUUGUGUGUGUGUAUAUAUAUAUAAAA